UUUUUUGUGAUUUGUUGAACAUUUGUGUAACUGACACAGGAGUACAUAUAUUGUGUGCUCCACUAGUGGAGUGCCGUUGCUCCUCCCUCUGGCUGAGAUGCGCUAUAAAGCGCCUCACUGCCUCUUGUGCUUGGAGAUUCAACUUUUGUUACUAGAAUUUCAACCGGAUCAGUUGCCAUUGACCCUGUCUUAAGUUAAUCGCUGUUCUUUUUCCGUUUCGUCCGCCCUCAUCUGAAAUGCCGAUGAAACGCCGCUCAGCUGCCGGGCUGUAGAGACAUGGCUCGGAUCAGCGUAAAUACCAGCAACCUCACCGUGGAUAGUGCGCUCUUUGGGGAUGUGCCGCGGGACGAGCGCUUGGCUCGGAUGGAAAUCACGCUGCUGUCCAUCAUCUUUGUCACCGCAGGGAUCCUAAACUUUGGUCUCUUGUUGGCGCUGUGGAAACGGAGGAAGCAUCUGUCCAGGAUGCGCGUCUUCGUUUUCCACCUGUGCGUCGCCGAUCUGGUGGUGACGUUCUUCCAGGUUUGUCCCCAGCUGAUGUGGGAUAUCACAGACAGGUUCAUCGGCCCAGAUAUACUGUGUCGCGCAGUGAAGUAUUUACAAGUGGUCGGGAUGUUUGCCAGCACUUAUAUGAUAGUAGUGAUGACACUAGACCGAUAUCAAGCCAUUUGUAACCCAAUGGUGACGUUCCAGAGGCGCAGAGCGCGCUGGAACGGCCCCGUGUGCGCCGCCUGGUGCGUCUCCCUCGUCGGCAGCCUCCCCCAGGCUUUCAUCUUCUCCAGGGUCGAGGUCGCCCCCGGGGUGUACGACUGCUGGGCGCAGUUCAUCAAACCGUGGGGCACGAGAGCCUACGUGACGUGGACCACCCUGGUGAUCUUCGUCCUCCCCACGGUCGUGAUAAUCGCGUGCCAGGUGCGCAUCUGCCGCGCCGUGCAGACCAACUUCCAGAUGAAGACGCAUCACGGUGGGGACGGCGUGGGUCGGACGCUGUCCUCCAGGGCGAGCAGCGUGGCGGGGGUGUCCAAGGCGCGGGUGAAAACCGUCAAGAUGACGGUGGUCAUUGUACUGGCGUACAUCAUCUGCUGGACGCCUUUCUUCACCGUGCAGCUGUGGUCCGUGUGGGACUCCGAGGCGCCCACUCAGACCGUCACCUUCACCAUCUUGAUGCUGCUGGCCAGUUUGAACAGCUGCGUGAAUCCCUGCAUCUACCUGCUUUUCAACAAGAAGCUGCCCAGAAGGCUGGUGGCGCUGAUGUGCAUGAGUCACCCUGAUGUGAAGGAGUGCGUGCAGGAGGAGCCCACCACGACCAGCUCCCUGUACAUUAGCCUCAAGAGCCUGUCAGAGAGCAGAUGAAAGCCUCCUCGGAACCCUUCUUUUUUUUACUUACUGAGCCUGUUGAUCAAGGUACAAGGAAUUAGAUUUACAAUUAUUGUAUUCAUUCUACAGUACAAAGUACAAGGUAAUCGCGUUCAGUGUAGCGACAGUACGUUGUAGAAAUGAGCUUUUGCUUUGAAAAUCUCCCUGAGCUCCUAAAAGAAGAUUGUUCUGCUGCUCACGUACAUCAACAGCUGCUGCGCUUUGCUUUUACAUUUUGAAAACUACCCUGUAGAGAACAUUCAGUUCCCUUUGUCCGUCAUGUGACACUACCCUGGCAUGUCACAGCAGUCCUCGACAAUUAUGACACUAACUGACAAUUGGCCUUUGAAUACGUUAAUCAAGACUUGUGCUUCUAACCAGGCAGGGACAUGAAAUUCACUCUGCUUGAUUUGUAAAUUGUUGAACAAUUGUAAUUAUGAAUGAUUGUAAUUUCAUAAGCCCUGAUGUAUCUGACUAACAUUGAGGGGAUGAUAUGUGACCUUCAGAUGAACCGAACAGCUUAGUGUCUGCACCGGA